UAGCUUGUGCCUCUUGACGUUUUCCAGAACCCCCCGAUUUGAUGGUGCACUCUCUCUGCUGAAGAGAUAUAGAUUAUGCGUGAUGCGCCCUUGGCGAGAAGGUGUCACUAAACACGUCGUCUCGGUCAUCGUCACCAUCAUCAUCAUGGUCCUUCAAACGCACUUGACCCAGUCCAAUGGCACCUCAUCUCUGUCACAAGUUGCUCCCACGUCGAAUAACCCAUCAACCUUCGGCAUUGAUCUCUCUGAUGUGCAAUACCAGCUUUCAGGGCCAUCGGUCGUCUUCUGCAAACGCCGUGGAAUUCUUAGCGGAAAGCACGGAACGGCUCUUCAUAGCGUGUAUCUCCUAAUAGACCCAACCCCUCGGUAUCAUCUGGACGAAGUCGUGCGAUCCUCUCGGCAGCACCGUGCACUACACAAUUUCACUGCCAUUGUGAAAAACUUGAUCAGUCUGUACGUAGAUAAGUUCAGCCAAACCGUACUGUACUUGCCGGACUGCGCGAUCCUGUCUGAGCAGCCCGCUUCUCACAAAGGAAUUGAGCAAACGAAACUCCUCAUUACGCUGCUUCUCGGUGCAGCAGUCCAGUGCGCUAACCAGGAGAAGCUCAUAAAACGCAUCCAAUCCCUCAACGAGGCAGCGCAAACCUCAAUCAUGACGGUAAUCCGUGAGGUGAUCGAAGGUCAAUCGUUGGUUCUCAACCAGCCAGCUAUGGAAAAUCUGUCGCUCGAUGCCAACGGUAAGCACGUGGUAAGGCUCGUGGAGGAACGGGAUCACUACUGGUCCUUGUGGACGCGUUCGGAAAAGUCAGCAGUGGAAGCGGCUGUGAGCACUGCCGAGAUUGGACGGUUGACAGCAUCGCUAGCGGCAAGCAAGGACCAGAUAAACAAGUUACGCCAAGAAAGCGACGAAGCGGCAGAGUUGCUCAGGAAGCUCAAAACAGAGUUCGAGUGCAAGAACAAGCAAUACCAAGAGCUUAGCGUUAAAAGCCAAGACUGGUACAGCAAAGCCCAAAGAGUUUCCGCGUACCGGGAUGAGGCAGAUGCGCUUCGAGAACGGGCUGAGCGAGCGGAGUAUGCGGAGAAGGAGCUGCGAUCACUUCGUCCGAAGUUAGACAAACUUGACUUUUACUGUAAUCGAGUUAAACAGCUGGAAGAAGACAAAAGUGCGCUGGAAGAAACGAAAAAGCUGGUUGAGGGGCAACUGGACCGACUGCAGCAACGGCAUGAGCAGCUAUCCGAGAUGGAAGCAGAGACUGAGCGGUAUCGACACGAGAUAACCAACAUGUCCCAGAUGCUUACCACGGCCAACAAUCAAAUCAAGGAGUUGAUCGAAGAAAACGCAGCACUUCAGUUAUCUGUACCGAGUUCGACGGCGGAGAAGGUGGAUUUCAACGAACACCAACCAUUUGCCAGAAACAGCCUGUCCGAUCAGCUAACGAGCCACGUCAAGUCUAAAAACAUCAAAUUGGAGCUGGAGAACCGUCGUUUGCAAGCUGAUCUCGAAUGCCUGCAGCAAUCACCGAGCAAGAACAGUGCUAAGGAUCUGCAGUUCGAAGAAAGGCUGAAGACUAUGAAAAUGGAAAACUCUCAACUAGCGAGCAGCCGAAACUCGCUCCAGCGACAGCUGGAACUGGUAAAACAGGACCUCGAAACUCUACAGCGACUUCACGCACAACUUAACGACGAUAAGGCGGUGCUCGGAAGCUCGGUCGAAGAACUCAAAGUCUACAACCGCUCUCUGAAAGAUCAUGUUCAAAAACAAUCUAAUGAAAUGAACUUGAUGGAGCAGAAAAUGGCAACCUUGACAGUGGAGCACACCGAGCUACAAGACGACUUCCAGCACAUUUUCCAGGAAAACGAUCAACUCAAGAGUACCAACAACUCGCUGGUGCGCCAAAUUAUGGACCUCGAGGUCGAACUCAAACACAAACUGGAACGCAUAGCGGCCUUGGAGGCAGAACACGCAACCGUUUAUCAGAGGUGUGAGAUGCUUUACAGCAUGAACACCAGAUUAGACAACGAGAAACGUGCCGAAAGGGAACAGUAUUCCAAUCUGCUGAAUCAGUAUAACCAACUCAUGGCGGACUCUCUGGACGACACAAAACACUUCCACGAGAACGAAAAGAUGUACAUGGAAAAAAUCAACGAGCUGCAACGGCUAAAGGAGAAACUGGAGGAGAAAAUCCUUGCUUUCUACGGAAAAGGGAACAAUAGCACACCUAGCAAGAAAAGCAAGAAAAACCCCCUCAGCGCCUUCACCUUCAGCAACCUGCGCAAAAGCCUCAUGAAGAGCACUCCGGAAAAGGAAAAACCCAAAGCCACCGAACAAUCGGACAAGGAGACGCCGGAUGCGGGCAGCAUCGAGUCGGACGCCAGCUCGGACGAGGUCUUCCUCAACCAGCUGCCAUCGGAACGGGAAGACAGUGAUUUCGAAGGAGACUACGUCAAUCUGCGAAAUUACGGAGCGCGCCGAAGUUUGAUGCCGGAACUUAAAUACCAGCCAAAAAAGCCUGCUCGGUCCAGUCUACCUGGAUAAACCUGAAGCUGGUCAAUUUAUUGUUAAAAUAUAGU